AUGAUUCUGCCAUCAAUAACGUCACAUCAGCCAGCCAAUCACAUAAACUUGGACUCAUGGAAAUUUCCAAGAAACAUCACACUAGCUGAUAGCACAUUUCACAAACCUGGUGGCAUUGAUUGCCUCAUUGGUGCAGGCAUGUUUUUCGACCUUUUGCUGGUGGGCCAGAUGAAGCUUCCCAACACCUCUUCUGUACUCCAAAAAACUAAGCUGGGAUGGAUUGUGUCUGGAAUAGCCCCGCCAUUAUCGUCUUCGUCACCAUCAUCAUUGCAUACAGCCUCGUCGUUACCGUUUUCGUUGUACAAAUCAUUCAUAGCUGUUAGCAAUCAUCCUCAACUUGAUCAUCUGCUCGAAAAAUUCUGGACUCUCGAAAGCUACAACGAGUCUUCAAGGUUUUUGUCAGCGGAAGAAAGGGCCUGCGAGAAGUUUUUCGAAGCCACAACCACACGAUGCCCUGUCACCAAUAAAUACAUCGUGCGCUUGCCAUUAAAGGAAGAUCCACAGACGCUAGGCCAUUCAUACGAGACUGCCCUUAAAAGGUUGCUCGGUCUAGAGUAUAAAUUAGCACGCAAUCCGCCGUUGUUGAAGCAAUAUUAUGACUUCAUGGGUGAGUACGAGUCCAUGAAACACAUGACUGAACUUGAGAGCAACACGAAAGGGCGCUACUUCAUCCCGCAUCACUGUGUGAUGAGAGCAGACAGUAGCACCACGAAGUUUCGCGUCGUCUUUGAUGCAUCGUGCCGUACAACGUCGGGAAAGAGCUUAAACGAAAUACUUCGUGUUGGUCCCACUCUGCAGGACGACAUCUUUACCAUACUAAUUCGCUUUCGUAGUCAUAAAUAUGUGCUCAUGGCCGACAUCGCCAAGAUGUACCGUCAGGUACUAGUGCACGAAGCUGAUACGCCUUGGCAGUGCAUAGUGUGGAGAAGCUCACCCGAAAUCCAACCGAAGGUGUACAAACUUCAAACGGUAACUUAUGGCACCAGCUGCGCGCCAUACCUGGCGACUAAAUGCCUACUUCAACUUGCCAGAGAUGAGUCUUCCCGCUUUCCAAUUGGGGCUGCCGUCACACUGAAGGACUUUUAUGUCGACAACUUAAUGACUGGUGCGUCAACGGUCAACGAAGUUAUCGCCAUAAAACAACAAGUCACGUCGCUCCUCAGCAGUGGUGGUUUCCCACUACGCAAAUUUGCAUCGAACCAUAUGCGCGUCAUAGAGGACGUACCCCAAGAAGACAGGGAAAAGAGCGUAAAACUGGGCGAUUCCGAAUACGUGAAAACUCUUGGGUUAAAAUGGUCACCAGUAGAAGAUAUUUUUAUCUUCAGCUACAACAAUCGUUCGUCGCAGUCGAAGGCAACCAAGAGGUCCAUAUUGUCGCAAAUAGUCAGCUUUUUUGAUCCGCUUGGUCUUCUCAACCCUCUUAUCGUCUCGUGCAAACUACUCAUGCAACAAUUGUGGGAGCUUAUACCAGACUGGGAUGAAAGCGUGCCACAAGAUGUCUACACUCAAUGGCGUAACUUCCAUCAACAACUAAAUCGGAUCGACAACAUUCAGAUUCCAAGGUACGUUCCAAUUAACGCUACUACUGAAAUCCAUGCUUUUGCAGAUGCUAGCUCGAGGGCUUACGGCGCUUGCAUUUACAUGGUUACCCGCUCCUCUCGAGAAGCAGUGUCAUCGUUGGUGUGUGCCAAGUCCCGUGUGGCGCCUAAGAAAGAA